AUGGACAAGUCCCCCCUCACCCAGCAGCCUCGUCCCGAGGCCUUCCAGCAAAAGAUCGUACAGCUGUACGAUGAGCUAUUCAAGGACCACCAAGAUGCUGCAGACAGUAACGGACCGCACUCGGAGGGCUUCUGGCGCGAGUUCUUCCUCCUCAGGCCCGACCGCCCGUCCCUGAGGCGCAUAUUCGACCAGCUCUCCCCCGCCGACCUGCUUCACUUGGAGGAGCAGACGAGAGAGCUGUUCUCAAGAUCUGUCCGGGCGCUCAAGGGGGGCGAUGCCCAGGGCACCGCCGAUCUGCACGCGCUCGAUACGUUGAGCAUCUUCCUAUCCGCCGUACUAUCCAAGAAGUACACCAACCCCAGCUCAGACAUCAUAACCGUCCUCGCUGGUCUCGAUCACGUGGAUGCCGUCUUCACCGACUUCGUAGGGUCCCUGGAUCACAUCGUACGAAAUGGCAAGACGAUGGAACUACGGCAGAAGGCCGUCGAGGUGGCGCUCGCUGUGACCUCGGGAGCGUACCAGACCAGCCUGCUAACAUAUCUAAUACAAAGGGACAUGUUCCCCUCCGUCAUGAAGUUGGUCCAGGACGCCAGCUCGUCAUCUCAGAUAUUCAACCCUUUCACACUCAUCGGCCUCCUGGCCAAUUACAACAAGUUUGAAUUCCAGAACCCAUACCAACUACGACUGAACGACUUUGUGAAUGAGGACACCAUACAAAAGGUUAUCAAGAGCGUUGGCUACACCUGCCAGGGCCUGAGGGACCAGUUCGUGAAUAUCCAGGAGGACCUCCCAGAGGCGUGGACGUUGACCAAUACGUUGGCCAUGAUCGGGUUGGGGGCCAUAGCGCCCGGUACCAAGACGGAUAAGAAGCCGGUAUAUGACGCCGAGACCGCCAAACAAAUGUUUGCUGAGCUACCGGGCAACGAGGCUGCCGUGCUGCUGGCGACAUACGAUUUCGCACACGCCAACAAGCUCUUCUGUUUCAACCUCGUCACACUGGCCCCUGAGAAGGGCGAAGAGCAGCCGUUUGCGAGCUAUAUUUCACUCACGUCAUACUUACUAACGCACGCUCAUCUUUCCACACGAGCAACCCUAUAUUCCCAUCUCAAUCUGAUGGUCUUCCGCCUCCUGAUCGAGGACCCCGUCCUCUGCAAGCGCAUGUGCAGCGAAGGGAACAAGGUGCCUGUGAGGCUCUGCCGGCAGAGACAGCCCUACCUCCCGCUGGUCCGUGGCGAACGGACCGUCGCAAUGGCCGUCAUCGACACCAUGAUUGACGGCAUAAACCACAACCUGAAGCGCCGCCUGGACGUUAACCUGUAUACACUAUGCGUUGGGAUCCUGUUGCGGAUUAUCAGCUAUAUGUCGCGGUCCCGCACGCGCCUAUCGUAUCACUGGUCGGAGCUCUUUCGCUCCUUGCUAUCAUUGAUCAAGUUCCUGACGACGUACGCGGCUGACCUGAGGGACUUGUCGCACAUCGACGUGCUGCUAGACCACGUGGUCAACCUCCUCGCGCUGGGCCUGUCGGCGGGCGAGGCAUUCCUCCCCACGCCGGCGGCGUACGACGACCUGUUCUACAAGGUGGUCGAGGCCGGCGACGUGCUGGUCAAGUUCCGUGACACUUAUGGGCUUGCUCACCGACCGACAAACAGCAUCGAGACACUCGUCAGUGUCUCGGCGCACUACAAGACACUGCUGGCCGACGGCGGGGCAAAGGGCGGGAAAGGGAGCAAGGCGGGUGCGGGUGGCGUGCUGACGAGUCUGCAAGUGGCAGAAGUGAUCAAGCAGGGGUACGAGACGCUCAGCAUACAGGCGAAGGAGGGGCUUGAUUCGUGGGAGCGGUACAGGGAGGCAGAUGAAAGGACUCUCUUGAAAAAAGUGGCAAGGGUCGCAGUUGGUGAUGUAAGGACCCUGGUGGCCGAGUGA